AUGGAGGAACACGCCAUUAAGCUGGCUCGCGAGCGCCAGGUCCACGUCCACGAGCUUUCGAAGGCCAGCGAGGCCAAGGCGGAGCAGAGGAAGGUCAUCCUGUCCCUCAAGAAGCAGAUAGCCGACCAUGAGUCGGCCAUGGAAUCGUUGGCGCGUCAGAUGGAGGCCAUGGCCAUUGAUGGAGGUUGCGUGGAAGAGUGA